CUGGAAGCUUUGCAGAGCGAUACAGAUCUGGUGCUCCGUGGAGGGACGGCCAAUGUGAACGAACUCGCAAGAACACCCCUAAUUUACUCGGAUCCAGAACUUCCAGCACAAUCAACCCAUCAUCAGGAACAUCUGUCAACUAUUCCAGAACUUGGAGAUGGAGGGCUCUCGGAUCAGUCAAUGCAUAGUGAUGGAGCUCAUACGGGAGAACAUCUACACCCAGAAAACACGAAUACUAGGUUGAAGAGUGACUUGGAGAUCCGUCAUCAGCAUUACCAGAAGCAGAAGCAGUACUCGGAACAGAAACGGCAACGACGGUUGACCGAUAUCGAUUUCGAAGGAAUUCUGAGUAUUAUUGGUGGCUGUUCAAAUUGGCAAGUGGUCGUGUAUUUGAUGAUUUCCGUACAGCAAGUACCUCACGCAAUGUUCAAUCUCAGUGUCGUUUAUAUGAUGUAUCAACCAGACCACUGGUGUAAGAUACCUUUUUUCAAUGCUGAAGUCUUUUCACAAACAAACUCUACCUCUUAUACGUGGGAUGACGUGCUCAAUUCACGUAUAGCUUUUCCUACGGUGAAAAACAAGCAAAGAGAUAUGGAAUGGCAUGAUCAAUGUCACUACUACGAACGGGAUUAUGUGCAUCUCAAGCACCUUCCCCUUUCCCAGGCAGCCAACUACUCCGCUGCUGAAGACGCUCCAAUUGCUAGAUGUGAGCAGUGGGAAUACGAUCAAUCUGUCAUGGAGAAGACUGUGGUAACAGAAUGGAAUCGAGUAUGUGACAAUAACUGGAGUCGCGCUCACGUACAUAUGAGCUACUCCCUCGGGUAUCUUGUAGGAGGAUUGCUUGGAGGAUUCGUCAGCGACCGGUACGGUAGAAAAACUGCUAUCUACGGCUUUGGUAUUUUAUCAAUGAUCUUUGGCUUCCUUCUGGGCUAUUCACGUGAAUUCGAAAUAUUCCUUGUUGUACGAUUCUUGCUCGCUGCCAGUAAUGAAGCUGCUGAUCUGGCUGCAUAUGUACUUUGUAUGGAAAUUACUGGUAAAGAAUAUCGAUCCAUCGUUGGCAGUCUACUCCAAGCUCCAUGGGCCUGUGGCUACGCUUUCCUGGCCCUAGUUGCCUAUCUUACCAAGACCUGGACUGCGAUACAUAUGAUUACCGUUGGAUUGCACUGCAUCGCACUGGUGUUCAUUCAUUUCCUGCCCGAAUCUCCACGAUGGCUUAUCUUGAUGAAUCGAGUGGAAGACGCCGAAAAGAUCAUACGCCGCAAAGCUUGCAAGAAUAACAACAGCAGUCUGCCAAGCGAUCUUGGGCUGAUUCGUCAUGCAGAAAAAAGGAAAUGGAUGAAGAAAGACGAGAGGCCUCACUAUUUUCAUCUUUUCCGUGCAGCCGAACUUCGUACGCGGAAUAUUAUUCUGUUCAUUAUUUGGAUCGCUACGGCACUUGUCUACUACGGCCUUGUUAUUGCCCUAUCAGAUCAGUCUUCACCUGGAAGAUCGGUAUUUGAUGGCAAUUUCUUUCUCAAUAAUGCUAUAGCCGGAGCUAUCGAACUGCCAACGUUAGCUGCUUGUGUGUUCUUAUUGAAAUACGGGAGAAAAAGCUCACAAAUGAUUACAUUGAUCGGUGCCGGAUCGCUCUUGAUGGCAGCAAUGUUGGCAAUGUACAAUAAGCGAACUACGAUGGCGCUAAUUUUCAUGUUGCUCGGCAAAGUCUGCAUUCAGGGAGCAUUCAAUAUUCUUUAUAUUUUCACUUCUGAACUGAAUCCAACUAUUGUACGUAAUAGUGCCGUAGGAAUCUCUUCCAUGAUUGCUCGGAUGGGCGCCGGUGCUUCCGGAUACAUUGCCAUAUUGUCUGACGUCACGCUUCCUAUCGUUCCUAUGCUCAUUUUCGCUGUAUUCUCUUUGUGUGCAGGGAUUCUCGUGAUAUUCCUCCCGGAAACACAAGAUGCCCCACUUCCGGAUACCAUAUGGGACGCAGUGAGCAUGCUCAAGACAAAUCAAAAACCGUGCAUUCCCUUUUCGGACGACGCUGUAGAGGAAGAUACUGCGAAAGAAAAGUACACCUACAAACCGGCGACUGAAACCGAACAAAACAAC